UGAAUGCGGCGCUGUGAGAGCGGGCGGUAGCUGGAGCGCGCUCCAUAAAGCCUCUGAGCCGCAGAGCUCGUGCAGUAACGUUAGCGUCCUGCCCUGGUGAACACAGCUAACGGAAAGCUAACGGAAAGCUAACGGAAAGCUAACGGAAAGCUAACGCGGCCUCUACGAGUGCUGAAUCAAAAUAGCUCGACUCUGCACCAACCCGCAGCCAUGGCGGCCGAGGCUGACAAGGUAGAGCCUGCGGACAGUGGGGAUGAGGAGGAAGACGUCUACGAAGUGGAGAGGAUCAUUGACAUGCGAGUGGAAGAGGGUGAAGUGCUCUACAGAGUCCGCUGGAAGAAUUACUGCUCUGAUGAUGAUACUUGGGAGCCAGAGGCCCAUUUGGAGGACUGUCGUGAGGUCCUCUUAGCCUUUAAGAAGGCCAUGGCUGAAGCUAAGGCCAAGAAAGAGGCAGAAGCCAAGAAGAGCGUGAAACUGCUGCCUACGAAGAGCGACGUGUUUGAUGCCGACUCAGAAAGUGAAACUGACAAAGACCGUCCAACUGAGGCACCGAUUAAGAAGAAGAAAAAGACCAAGGUCCGGGAAGUAGAUGAGGAACCACCUCCAAAGGAGAAAAAGAAGAAGAAGAAGAAAGACAAACGGAAGGAGGAGUUCAGGCCUCUACCGGCACCAGAGACAGAUGAAGAGGAGGAGGAAGAAGAAGAAGAAGAAGAAGAAGAGGAGAGAGCCCCAACACCACCCUCUCCUCCCAAGGAGAAAAAGACUGAAACAAAAAAGCGGCUGGUUGACUCUGAAGAGGAGGAGGAGGAGCCAGUUCCCUCCAAAAAACACAAGAAGGAAAAGGGAAAGGAGGGAGUAAAGCAAAAGAAAGAAAAGGUAGAGGAGGGAAAGAAAAAGAAAGGAAAGAAAGAAAGGAAAGUUGAAACCUCUGAAGACGAAGCUGCUGCACCUCUAGAAGAUGACCUGAGCGACGGCCCAUCAGAGUCCCAAAUGGACGAUAGUGCAUCAACGGAUACCACAGUAAAGUCAGCCGAAAAGCCACGUUUGGACGACAAGUCCAAACAAAAGAUGGGAAAGUGGGAAGUAAAGCUGCAGGGCAUUAAGGACCUCAUCCAUGACAAAAAGAACAGAAAGCCAGAUGCCACUCAGAAAGAAAGCAGCCUCCAAAAACUAAAGAGCCUCACCUCUAAAAGCAAGGAGGAGGCUGCCCCACACUCAGACUCCAGUGAUAGCUCCACCCUACAUAAGAAAGCCAAGAGCAAAGGGCAGGACAGCACGCCGCCGCCACCACCCAAAGUCCCAUCUUCCUCCACAUCCUCAUCAUCAUCCUCAUCCUCUGUCACAGCAGCCAGCAGCACCAAAGGCAAGGAGGAUGAGGUAGCUGCUAAAGAGGAGGUAUUGGGACCGAAGGAUGCCACAGGCUCCACUAACCUAUUUGAGAAGUUCCUGUUAACCUGCGAGGCCAAGGACCGCGCCCCCCGCAGGCAGCCAGUGCAUCAGCCCACACCAGAAAAGACCAGCAGCAAACCCCCAAAGCUAUUAGGAAAGAUUGAGAAGAUCCCCAAGACAAGCAAAGAUUCUCCAGUUCAGAAACCAGAGCCCAAGAAGACGGAGAAGACCAAGCAAUCAGAUGUCUCAAGGCCUGGCCAGAGUUAUGGCUUCAACCUGGAUAGUGAUGAGAAGGAAGGAGAGGAAUCUGCAGCAAAGCAAAGGCCUGGAGAGGAACCCCGGGAGCGAAGAGAGAGGCCCGAGGAGACACAGCGGCCCAGCUGGGAGAGGAGAACCCCAACAGAUGACAGGAGGAAGAGGAGAGAGGAGAGUGAGCCCAGACUCUUCAUGGCAUGUGAUGACAAUCAGGAGACCCAGGACCCACCAGAGGGCGCUGACAAAUCUGAAAAGGGCCAAGCCACUUUGAGUCUAGGAAUGGAUCUCAACCUGGACUGGAUGACUCUUGAUGACUUCCAGAAACAUCUGAAUGGGGAGGAUGAGAUCUUGUCAGGUCCACCGUUAUCACCCAGUGAGUUGCGGGAUGCUGUUAAAAGUGGAGAUUACAUGGCUGUAAAAUUGGCACUUAAUUCCAAAGAAGACUACAAUCUGGACCAAGAGGCUUGUACUAUUGGUGAGACGAGGUCUUUUGAAGGAGAGAGGAGCUUGAUUGAAGAGAGAAGUUCGAGUGAUGCUCUUAGGUUGACUUCUAACCUUGACAGUGCAAGAAAUGAAGAGGGUACUCCAAGAGUAAAAGAGAUUAUCCCACAAGAUUUGGAUGGUCCAAAAGAUGGCGAAAAAAUGCCAAGCUGCCCUGCCAGUACAAACACUGAGCAAAUGACAGUGAGGGAACAUGAAGAGAUCCAAAAAGGUGGGAGGGAUAUAAUUGAAUCCAAAAACACUGCUUGUGAUUCAGCUGCCAAGCUGGAAAAUCAAGGAAAGGAAGACCAGAAGCAAGCACAGGAAGACAAGAUGUCGCAUGACACAAAAGGUUGUUUGUCAAGUAAAAUAAGUUUGAACUUUGAUAAUUCAAAUCCAACCAGAAAUACAGAAGGGAUGCUGACAAGGGACGAUGACAAAACAGACCAAAAGAGCAUAGCUUACAAACAAUGUUCGCCUGAGGAAGCAAAUGACUCAAGUGAUGAGGCAGAGGAUGGGGUGGCAUGUCAGUCAGAUGGUACAGAUCAAGUUCUGUUUGAGUCGGGCACAAAGGAGAUUGCUAUAACACAAUCACGGCGCCGCAGGAAAACUGUGGAAAGGAAACAACCAACACGAUCCAGUUUAAGGACUUGUAAAAAAGUGCUUGAAAUAAAACCUAGCACAUCAGAUGAUGAGAAAAAGGAGUCAUACAAAAAGCACUUCUGUUUAUAUUGCAAAAUGGCUUUUACCCAACUCGCAAAGCACUUGGAAAGGAAACAUGCAGAGGAAACAGAUGUUGCCCAUGCAAUACACUUUCCCAAAGGUUCCAAAGUCAGACAGACUUUGCUUGAUCAAAUUCGCAAUAAAGGAGAUUAUGAACACAAUUGCCAAGUUCUCAAAAGUGGGGAGGGGGAAAUUGUUACUAAGAAGCAGGUAAAAAAUCCCUGCAUAUCUGUUCGUGACUUCUUGCCUUGUCAGCACUGCUUUGCUUUUUAUCGCAAAACUGACUUAUGGAGACAUGAACGGUCAUGUAAGGCCAGAAAGGGAGAUCAGAAAUCCUCUGAUAGGACAAAAACAAACAAAGGCCACAAUGCUGCCUCCCGGCUGCUUCCAAUGUCGGAAUUCUUAACUGGCGGCUGUGAGGAAAUUAUCCACAUCAUGCAUCAAGAUGACAUCUCAAGACAUAUCAGAAAUGACCCACUUAUUUGUAAAUAUGGCAAUGCAUUGUCUGCUAAGUAUGACCAUGAUAAGUCUCAAUUUGCUUAUAUUGCACAAAAGAUGAGGGAACUGGGUAGAUUUGUACUUGCUGUAAAUGAGCUUGACAAGAGCGUGAAGUACUUACAUGAAAUAUGUCUACCAUCCAGAUUUGAAUUAGCCGUUGAAGGGGCCAAAAAACUUAGUGGUUAUGAUCCCAGUUCCAGCAAGUUUAAAACCGUUUCCCUUGUCUCAAAGGUUGGCUACUCUUUGAAACGAGCUGCAGAAAUAGCUUUCGGUGAAAGUCGCAUGACAGAGGAUAGUGAAACUGAAAGUGAAGUAAAAAAGUUCAUACAGCUUCUUGAUACAAAAUGGAAUGAGUGUUUUUCUCGCAAAGCUCUAGCAUUAUCUCUAAAGCAAGAAGUCAAGAAAGUGGAAGUAGACAAAUCAACUGUGACAGAAGACUUGAUAAAACUCCAUACGUUUAUCACAGGGGAAGAAGAUGAAGCCAGGAGGGAGCUGAAAGAGAGUCCUAGUUUGUCAACAUGGAAAAAGCUCAGUGAAGCCACUCUAGCGGAUGUGUGUCUGUUUAACAGAGGAAGGGUGGGAAAUAUUGGUAGAAUGCUCUUACAAACUUACACUCGCAGAAAGAGUAGAGGAACAUUUGUGCCGUCUGCAGAUCAGAUAAGGAAAAGCACAAAAUUGGAGUUGGACCUUGGUGCCAAUUUCACCAGGUUGGAACUAGAAGGUCAGUAUGGAAGGAACAUGCUGGUUCUGCUAACAGAGAGGAUGGUUUUGUCAAUCGACCUACUCAUUGAAAAUCGAGAACAAGCAGGUGUGUCAAAAACAAAUCCAUACUUGUUUGCAAGGACUGAAGGUCCAUCCUUCAUCAGAGGAUUGGAUUGUUUCCGAAGGGCUGCAAUGGAAUGUGGUGUUAAAAACCCAGAAGCACUUCUGUCCUCAUCAUUAAGAGAGCAAAUUGCAAGCUGCUGGCAGCUCAUGAGCCUCAGUGAACCUGAAUUGGAUCAAGUGGCCAAACUAGUGGGAAGGAACAGCCAGGAAUGUUACAGGCUGUCAAAAAAUGCAUCUGAACUGGAGGAAGUGAGCAAACAACUUCUCAAAAUAGAUCGAACACUGCCAUCAAGUCAACCCAGCACUGCUAGAGAUGGAACUAUACAGAAGCCUGCUUUGAAGAGAAGACCUUGGAGCGAGAAGGAACAGGCUGCAGUGAAACGUUACUUGUGUGAAUUUAUCACAACAAUGAAGGUUCCAGGCAAAAAGGAGUGCAAUGCUUGCAUAGCUGCUGAACCAGAUCUUUGUGGAAGAUCUUGGACAGAUGUCAAAAACUAUGUACACAACACACUACAGACAACACGGAGGAGAAAUAACCAGCAAAAGCCUGAAGGGAUUGUAACUGAGAGUCCAAAAGCUGGAGUCCAGACCACUAAGAAAGAUUUGGAAGACGCAGAUGUCUGUAAUAUGACAACAGUGCAUCCAGAUGAUCUGAGAGAAAGUUCAAAUUGUUGUAUGACAAUGGCACCACCAACCAAUUUGACAGAAUCCACACCAUUCUCCCAAGAGAUGACUUCAAGUUAUGCAUCCUUGUGUUCUACUUGUACAAAUGUGGUCCAUACGAGUCCACCAUUGAUUUCUACUUUCACACCAUUGAAUGCUACUGAUACACAAGUAGUUCCUACAUUUACUCCACACAACACUACAAAUGCGCUAAUGCCUACUGCAUAUACAUCAGAGAACAACAUAAUUAUGCCAAUGUCUCCCAUUUAUACACAUAAUGCCACAAAUAUGCCACCCCCUUCUGUGUAUGCACCACAAGACACUACGAGUUCAGCAAUGAUUCCUAAUUUUAGUACCCUUAACGCUCCAAGUACCUCAAUGUUGCCUACAUUCACACCACUGAAUACUAGUUCACCAAUGGUCUCUGCAUUCUCAACACUAAAUGACAGAAGUGGACCUAUCGUUUCUUCAUUCACACCUCUGAACCAUUCAAGUGCACCAGCUUACCCCACAAACCCACCUAGGACCCCUACAACUGCACAGGUUGUCCCAACAAUCCAUAGACCCAGUGUUCCUGACAGAACACUAAUGGUACAGAAAAGUACACCCAUGUCUGCUGCAAGAGGACCAGUCACUGCAGCUGUUAAGCCUCAAAAGAGAAACAAGAGGUUGUGGAGUGAGGAGGAACAGGCAGCCGUGAGGCGUCAGCUUGGAGACUUUUGUAAACUGGUGAAAGUGCCAGGCAAAAAGGAUUGUGAUGCAUGUUUAGCUGCGGAGCCUGCUUUGAACAGCAGAACAUGGAGGGAAGUCAAAUAUUUUGUACAUAACUCAAUUCAGUCACUGAAAAGAAGAGGGCAUCCAGUGGCCUCCAAACAAAGUGGAGGGCAGGAACCAGAGACUCAUAAUCCAAACAUGGAGUGGGAUGGUCCCGUUUAUCUGUCCCUGUAAAUAUUUGUAAUGGACUUGCAAGAAAACAGUAAGUGGUCAGUGAGAUUUUAGAAGUGUGUGGUGAUUGUGGCUUUAAUCUCAAAUGACAUGGGGCUUAAGAAUUCAGCAGUUGUAAAUUGAAUUGUCAGUUAACCUUGGUCUCACUAGCCAUAUGGAUCUUGACAGGAAUUAUGGACUGCCCUGCCUUUCUUUUUAACACACUUUUUAAAAAGUUCCUGAAACAUUCAGAUUCAGGUCCAGCGGACCAAGCUGUUGGUGUACUGUUGCAUGAUUAUACAAGAAAUAGGUGGAACUAAGGACGUUUGUACUGUAGCUUUUGCUCAUAAAAAGCAGAUAUUAAUGUUUAAUAUGUAACUCAGUCAAAUAUGUAACACUAUCAGUUUGUCAGAUCAUCACAGGUUACCUCUAGAAAUUUUCGAGCUUCAGAUAUGUGAUUAUUUCAUAAAUGUGAACCACAUUUUCCCAGGAUUUGCAACCAAGUCAUUGACAGUGGCAAGUUACCACUGUGGCACCCAAACACGCUUUCACCAUUUCAAACACAAUGUUUUAAAAUGAUGAAAGCAAUCACUGAUUUGUCUGGGACUCCCCAGCCUCCAUAACCAGGACAUUUCCCACCCUGCACUGAGCAAAGGUAGCCUCAGUGACUGUACAUUUCUAGAGGGAUUUCUACUCUUAUUUACUGCAAAACUUACUGAAACGUCUAUCUUUCUGCCUGUACUGUUUUCAGUAGCAUUUUUAUGAAUUUUGAUAUUCAUACAAGAAAUGGUAAAACCUACAAGUAAAUCUUUGCAGCCAGUCCCUCCAACAUAGAUGUGCAUUGACUUGCUUUACAUAAUUCCCAAAUGCCUGGCCCAAAAUGUAUUCUUGCUUUAGCCAGUAGCCUGUAUUGUAGAUGGCCCCUUAUAGCCUGCAGCAGUAAUGGCAUACCUUCCUUGCUGAUGUUAGAGAAUUAGGAGCUCAAUGUGUAUACCUCUAACUUAAAUAUUAAAAACACUUUUUUUAGGACCCUGUUGAUAAAUGUUCAUUAUCUUCAUUUAUGUGUUUGUUUUUCAUAAGAAGCUGCCGAAACAUAUUUUUGUAUUACUAUACAGCCACUGUGUAGAACAUUUUAGUACUUUAUUGUAUUUGAUGUACUCUAAUUUGAGGUAAAAUACACUGCAUUGGUCUCUUUGUAUUACUUCAUUUUAAGAUUUUAUUAUGACAUUAAUAUCAAGUUGCCAAAAUCAGAUUGCCUUAUUAUGUUGAUUAUUUCCUUUUUACUACAUUGUUUUCCCAUUAAUGUUGAUUGCACAUACCAUAGUAAGUGCAAUCAUGCUAGAUUUUGUGAGCUGUUAAACCCACAGUUCAGGAUUAUGUUUUUUUUUUUAAGAAGAAGAAGUGAAGUGUUAUUGCAAAAGUUAAUACAUGACAAGUAUUUAAAACAAGGUCAAAAGGGACAUCCCUUUACAUUUUUAAAUAUAAGGGGAUGGGCAUAGCUCAGUGAAAACUGGAUUGUGGCAUUAGACGGUGGAUAAAAAGGUUAGUUUUCCUUCCUUGUGGAUAGGUUUGUUAACUGAAUUCAGAUUGUUCCUAGUAUUAUUCACCUUUUAACUUAAAAUGCAGUUUGGUAAUUGGAAAAAUAAUUACACAUUUAAUUUUAAGCAUUUUAUACUUGAGGUUUUUAGAUUCAUUCACUACAGUGUUUAAUUUACACUGGAUAUUAAACAAUAGGUGCAAAGCAUCUUUUGUUUGGUAGGGUCAGUCGACUCUGUAUAUGUCUUGUCACAAUUUUCUUUAUAAUUAAAAGGAGCAGAAGUUAUGGUUAAGAGUUCCAGAUAUCACUGCUGCGAUUUGUCACAGACAAAAGCUUUUGUGUUAUCCUCAGUAGCAGCUGUAGUGAACCUGUGUAGAAUAAUGAGUGUUCACCCUUUCAUACCAAAGCGAUCAGAUGUACAUAAAGUCCUGACAGUGAGCACAGUUGCAGACCUGGUCACAUAACCUAUGUUAACUCAUUUACACCAACUGCAGACAGGUUUUUCCCAUGUUGUUACUUCCUUGUGAAAGGAGUAUAUCUGUGUUGUUGUAUAUAAAUCAGCAGUUUACAUCCCAGUUACAGUGGUGUUUGCAGAAUGAAUGUGUUCAAGGUCUACAAAUGAUAUAUGAUCGUUCAGUUCACUACCAUUGCUGUUGGGUGUUGCAAAGCAAAAACAUUUUUUGUGUAUAGUAGGUAGCUUUCUAUCAUUGCCAUUGUAUAAGCACACAGUGCGUGUUACUCUUCAUCCUGUUGCAGUUAUAAUGCCUUCAGUUAAUGCUUCUUAUCAAGUAUUGUAAGGAACUUAUGACUUCUGCUUGUACAAUAAAAAGCUUCUUGGCUUAAAAUUUAAAAAAAA